AUGGACAAAAGUUGGAUGCACCUCACCGAUAGGUUUAGGUCAAGGGAAUAUGGCAUUGGGGUUAGGCAAUUCCUCACAAUGGCUCGAGCUCAUGCUCAAGGAAGUACAACAGUGAAGUGUCCAUGCCGUAGAUGUCGUAAUAAUUCCUUCUUGCCAAUCAGUGAGGUAGAUAGGCAUUUGUUUAUUACGGGUAUUGAUCCAAAUUAUACUAAUUGGAUCUUUCAUGGCGAGCAAGAACCGUUUAGUUUCUUGGCCGAGGACGGAGAUGAUAUACCUGAUGGUGGUGACAAUAGUUAUAUUGAUGACAUCGACGAUAUGUUGGGUGACAUUCAUGCGGCAAACAAUGUAGGCGAAGAAGAUGACAUGGCUCCACACCCCGGGGAGCCCAAUACGGUUGAACCCGACCCGAGCACCUUUGAGAAGUUGUUGGAAGAUGCUCGUCGUCCACUUUAUGAUGGUUGCAACUCAUUUUCCAAAUUAUCAUUCAUUGUUAAGUUGCUCCAUAUCAAAACUAUUGGCGGAUGGAGUGUAAAGUCCUUUGACAUGUUGAUAAAACUAUUGAAAACAGCUUUUCCUGAUUCACUCUUGCCAGAAUCUUUUCAUGAGGCACGUGCAUUGGAGCGAGGGUUGGGAUUUAGAUACAUUAAAAUUCACGCUUGCCCAAACGAUUGCCUACUCUAUUGGAAGGAAAAUAGCAACUUGCAACAGUGCCCUAAGUGCAAAGCCUCUAGGUGGUUGUCGGCCACAUCUUCUAAACGACCAGUGCCCCAAAAGGUAGUGAGGUAUUUUCCACUGAAGCCAAGGCUGCAGAGACUAUUUAUGUCCAAGAAAACAGCUGUAUCCAUGAGGUGGCAUCAUGAAGAAAGGGUACAAGAUGAAAGCACUUUGCGCCAUCCGGCUGACUCGGAGGUGUGGACCACAUUUGAUGCCGAGCAUCGUUGGUUUGCUCAAGAUCCUCGAAAUGUGAGGCUCGGGCUUGCUACUGAUGGGUUCAACCCAUUCAAUAAUAUGAGCAAACCAUAUAGCAUAUGGCCAGUGAUUCUAGUUCCAUAUAAUUUGCCUCCAUGGCUAUGUAUGAAAGAUCCAUUCUUCAUGUUGUCUACACUAAUUCCUGGGCCGAAAUCACCGGGGAAUGAGAUUGAUGUUUACUUACGCCCUUUAGUUGAUGAACUACUAGAGUUGUGGGAAAAUGGGGUUGAUACGUAUGAUGCCAUGGUUGGCCAACGAUUUCGAUUACAUGCGGCUUUAUUGUGGACUAUCAAUGAUUUUCCUGCGUAUGGUAACAUUUCUGGUUGGAGCACUAAAGGGAAGUUGGCAUGCCCUUGUUGUAAUCUGCAUACAGAUUCUUUCUGGUUGACAAAUGGGCGAAAGCAUUGUUACAUGGGUCAUCGCCGCUUCCUUCCAACAGGGCACAUCUUCAGAACCAAGAAGAAUAUUUUCAAUGGAAAAGAAGAUCUACACAUGCCACCUAUGCAGCUUUCAGGGGAAGAUAUAAUGCACCAAUUAAAUAGCAUUGGGCAUGUAGAUUUUGGCAAGGGUACUAAGCGGAGAAAGCGCACCCCUGAGGAGUUAAACUGGACAAAAAGGAGUCUCUUAUUUGAUCUACCCUAUUGGCCAGCUCUGAAACUUAGACACAAUCUCGAUGUUAUGCAUAUCGAGAAGAACAUAUUUGACAAUAUUUUGGGUACAUUGAUGAAUAUUCCAGGUAAAACAAAGGAUGGUAUCAAGGCUCGCAGAGACUUGGCCGAACUCGGUAUAAGGAAAGAAUUACAUUUGAAAGAAGUUGGUGAUCGAGUUAUUAUUCCUCAUGCACAGUUCAUGUUGCAUGGAGAUGAGAGGAAAGAUUUUUGUGCAUGGUUGAAAGGUGUAAAAUUCCCUGAUGGUUUUGCAUCUAACAUUUCAAGCUGUGUUAAUGUCCGCGAGUGUAAAAUAUCUGGUAUGAAAAGUCAUGAUGCCCACAUAUUUUUACAAAGGCUAUUGCCAGCAGCAAUUGCAGGGUACUUACCUCGUGAUAUAUGUAUCACAUUGAAUGAACUUAGCACAUUUUUCAAGAUUUUGUGUGCACGGACAUGCAAAAAAGAAGCAGUUUUACAACUUGAGUCUAACAUUGCCCUCAAUCUUUGCAAGUUGGAAACAAUAUUUCCCCCAAACUUUUUUGAUGUAAUGGUCCACCUGGCUGUCCAUUUACCCAGAGAGUUGUUGCUAGCAGGACCAGUUCAAUACCGUUGGAUGUAUCCAUUCGAGAGGUAUUUGGGCAAGUUUAAGCGGUAUGUGAAAAACAAAGCCCGACCAGAAGGAUCCAUUGCUGAGGCUUAUAUUCAUAUUGAAUGCUUGACGUUCGCAUCAAUGUAUCUACAUGAUGUACCAACUCGCUUCACUCGAGAGGAUCGAAACAUUGAUGUUGGUGUCCAAACAUCCGAGAUAUCAGCCUUUGGGAUUUUUGAUCAAAAAGUCCACCCACUUGGUAUCGCAACACCUAUCCAGUUGGAUAAGAAACUAUUUAAAACUGCCCGAUGGUAUGCCCUCAACAACUGCAUCGAGAUUGAACAGUUCUUGGAGGAGCACUACAACAUCUUGAAGGAGCAGAGCUUAUAUAACAUUGAAAGGCGGCAUGAAGCUGAAUUUCCAUCGUGGUUCAGGAAACGUGUAAGUUCAGGAAGACUUACAUAA